ACUUUGAAACUUUUUUCCCAUUCCCCUCCUUGACUGUGAAGCACCAUUAAGAUGCGAACAUUGAGAGAGAAGGAACCCGACUUUCCUGUAUAAGAAGGGCAACUUAGUGAAGCUAUGGCAUGGAGCGUUCAGUCCAUUGGUUUUCUGCUCAUAAAUUUGGCUCUACUUCCGUGCAUCUGUGCCAGUGCAGAGGGAGAAUGUCCAUAUACAUUAGAGGUAAAAACUUCAAAAUGGACUGCUUUACAUUAUGAUCCAGGUACGAAAAAUCAUGUCCGCGUGAGAUUUGGAGACAAGAGCAAAAGGGAGGUGUUAGAUCGUCAUCUGAGUGAGCCCUUUGAAGGAGACAAAGAAGAGCCAUUUAAGGCAGGCAGCACUGCUAAGUUUAAUUUAAGUGGCACCUGUGUAGAAAGUGAUGUGUGUUCACUCCAUUUUAAAGUAGAGGGAACAGAUAAGUGGAAACCUGAUCAGGCUGUAGUAUACAUUGGAGAAGACAAUUUUAUAUUUCACUUUUUCGACAGAUACAUGCCUGAGAAUUCCUGGGAUGGAAAGGAUAACUGCAACGCUCCGCCUGAGAUAGCUUCUUCUGCAGCAGAUCGUUCAAUGUAUAAUAGCAGUAAAAUCAAGACUCGUCCGAAACCAGUCAAGAAAAAAAAAAGGUGCAUGAAAUGCUAAGUCUUCUCCACAUAUAUCAGCAAGUCUAGUAGUUAGGGUUAUGUACAGUUUUAGAUCGACUGUGUUGGUGUGUAAAAGUUAAACAUGGGAUAAUCCUAUGGAUGUUCUAAAGGGCUACUUUAUCUAUGGCGAGUUUAACUAUGAAAAGCUUUUCAAUUAUUGAAAAGCCUUACAUAUUCGUAAGUCCGUAUUUUUUCAUUUACUUUUGGUAUUUAAUUUUGUAUAUUUCAUUUGGAAUUUUUUUAAUAUUUAAGUCAUAACUAAUUAUUGUA